AUGCCAGACAUCAGUGCGCCACCUAUGCCACGGCCGAAGCUGAAGCUCAGCGUAGGUUCGCGGCAGGCAUCGUUCAGCGAGCAGAACGGCGCGACACCGCCAGCUUCUACUCCUUCCUCCACGAUGAAAAUCAAAAUCAAAUCAUCACAACCGCCGACACCAGCUGGAUCGGCAGCGCAGACACCGGUGAAGACGAAAGCCGGGCGCCAACCGAAGCCCACAAGCAAGCUCAUCGAGUCGAAGAAGCGUGAACAGGACGAAGAUGAUGACGGCGCAAACCAGCCGUCUUCGAAGAAGAUCAAGCUCCUCAAGACGCCGACAGUAUCAACGCCGAGAUCGGGUCAUAUUGUUGUCAAAUCGAAAGGCAAACCUCCCGUUCACCCGCCUGGCGAUGGCUAUGACUCGGAAGCCAGCGACCAGGAGAAGGACCCUACGAUUGAGGAGCAGUUCAUCCUGCGCAUGAUACCGGGAGAGCAUUGCGAAUAUGUUAGGAAGUGCGUCGAAGAAGGCAAGGUCGGCAUUCCUAGAAAGGAUGGCGGCGCGGAUAUCAUGAUGAAGUUCUUCGACGACGAAAGCCGGCGUGCGGUUGUCGUCGUCAAAGGCCAACCCUACGCAGCGGUCAUGGUGGAGCUACCGACGAUCACGGAGGGAAUGAAGUCCUGGGACCGGAAGACACUCAUGAAAUCAGCCGACAUCUGCCAUAUGCUUCUGGUCUUCCAGCCGGUAAAGAGUGACGAAGAGGCAAAGAAGGCACCGUUACCCGCGAUGAUUCAGCCAGGGUUCAAGUGGCCUCAUGGUCUGACACCACCGAUGCACGACGCAACGAACCAAAGAUUCGCAAAAAUUAUCAGUCGCUCUGAGAUCGAAUUGAAAGAGAACGAGGUUAAGAAACUCUUGCAGGCCGACGCGGCUGCAAUGUCCUCCAAAUACGAAUUUAUCGACGACAGGAAGAUGCAGUCUGGCGACGAGUACUCCGAUGACGAGCAGGACGCCGAUGGCGAGGCUGAUGACAGCGGCUACUUCCCGUCUGAGGGCUAUGCCAACGGCGAACUAUUUGAUGACGAUGAUCAUGAUUUGGAGGCCGAGCUCGAGGCUGCUUUCGAAGAGGAGAUGAAUCAAGCCACGACAGAGGUUGGCACACCAGCAACACAAGUCGAGGGAGCCACGCCGAUGACUAUGAAUACCGGUACACCGGCAGCUAAUGCCCGUGAUGGGGAUGAGUCAGUCGCCAGUGAGGAGGAUGAAGACGACGACGACGAUGACGAUGAUGACGACGACGAGGACGAAGACAAGCCGCCCCAGGACGAGAUCAAGGCCGUCAGGGAAGAUAUUGUCAACCUCAAGGCAGAAAUCGCAAAGAAGGAGCAAGAGAAGGCUCUCCAACAAAACAAGAUUUUGCGGAAGCGUGUCGAAGACCGGUUAAAGCAGCUGAGAGCGGAAUUGGCACUCAAGCAAACCUCUAUCAACGAAGAAGAGGAGGACGACGACUAG